UGAAAAUUGAAAAACAUAAACAAACACUUUUCUUUUCCUAUUCUCCUCUUCUCCUCCUCUUCUCCUCUUCUCAUUCAUUCUACUCUCCUCUUCUCCUCUUCUCAAAAAUCACAAUUCACAAUCAAUGAAUCAAAUAUCUUCUUACAACAAACAAACAAACCUCUCCUUCCACUCUCAUCAGUCAGCAACAUAAUUUUCUCUCUUCACUCUAAGUCUAAGCCAAGGAUGAAGAAAUUCUUCCUUGUGUUGUCUAGAGACAAAGCUAGUUCUUCGACUACGGAUAUUGCUCCCAACUCGACCAAUGAGGGUGUUAAAGUUGUUGAUUAUAAAUUGUUGGAAACAGAUCCAGGAAUUAGGCCUCCAAUUUCAAGCUAUCAUCCUGACAUCCAAGAUGAGGUACGUAAAGCUUACUUGAAAAUUCGUCGUCAUCAACCUCCUAGCAACUUUGUUUAUCCUUGGUCUGAUUUUCGUGGAACAAGACGUCGAUUUAACAAGAAUUGGUUUAAUUUGUAUGAUUGGCUUGAAUAUAGUGAAUCUAAGAACCUAGCAUUUUGUUUGCCAUGUUUUUUGUUUAAAAAUGUGUCUAAUUAUGGUGGGGAUCACUUUGUGGGAGAUGGUUUUGGUGAUUGGAAGAAUCCCCGAAAAUUGGCUAAUCAUGCUACUUCUAAUAAUUCUCAUGUUGAUUGUGUGCAUAUGGGUUAUGCUCUCAUGAACCCAAACCAAAGUAUUAAGGCUGCAUUUGUUAAUCAAACUAAGCAAAUGAAUGUUGAAUAUUGUGUCCGUGUUAAGACAUCCCUUUUAGCUACUAAGUAUCUUUUGAGGUGUGGAUUGGCAUUUAGAGGAAGUGACGAGGCUGAUGACUCUUUAUACAAGGGGCCAUUUCUUGAGUUGUUGGACACUUUAAAGGAAAACAACUCAGAUGUAGCUACUAUAUUAGAUUCUGCGCCAGGAAAUAGCUUAAUGACUUGCCCUAAGAUUCAAAAGGAUCUUGCUUCUGCUUGUGCAUGUGAAAUAACUCGAGAAAUUGUUUGUGAUAUUGCGGAUGAUGUGUUUUGUGUUUUGAUCGAUGAAUCUGGUGAUGUUUCUGGUAGAGAACAAAUGGCUGUUGUUCUUCGUUAUGUUGAUGGUGAUGGUUUGGUAAAAGAGAGAUUUCUUGGUAUUACAAGUGUUAAAGAAACAAGUGCUAAGUCACUUAAAGAUGCACUUGAGACGAUGUUGUCUAUAAAUGGAUUGAGUUUCUCUAGCAUCAGGGGACAAGGUUAUGACGGAGCUAGCAAUAUGCGAGGUAGAUUUGGUGGUUUGAAAACUUUAAUUCAAAAUGAGAAUCCAUCUGCGCAUUAUGUGCACUGUUUCGCACAUCAACUUCAAUUGGCACUUGUUGCUUGUGCUAAGACUCACAAACCUGUUAGUGGUUUUUUCGGUAAGGUCAACAUGCUUGUUAAUUUCAUACGAGCUUCUAACAAGAGACAAGAAAUGCUCCGGGACAAACAACUAGCUCAAUUUGCUAAAUUGAUUGAGGAGGGCGAGAUAGAGACCGGUAGUGGACUGAAUCAAGAUUCAUCAAUUGCUCGAGCAGGGGACACUCGUUGGGGAUCCCACUUUAGGACUCUCACUAGUUUGAUGACUUUGUAUGGUGCCAUUGUUGAGGUAAUUGUAGAAGUGGGGAAUGAUCCCUCGUUUGAUAAAUUUGGUGAAACUGUGCUUUUGCUUGAUGUGCUUCAAUCAUUUGAUUUUAUCUUCAUGUUAUAUAUGAUGGUUGAGAUUUUGGGAAUUACAAAUGAUUUGAGCCUAGCACUACAAAGACGUGAUCAAGAUCUUUUAAAUGCUAUAUCACUUGUCAAUGAUACCAAAAAACAAUUACAAGAAAUGAGGAAUGAGGGGUGGGAAGAACUUAUAUCUAGGGUUGUGACAAUUUGCACUAAACAUGAGAUUGAUGUACCUGAUAUGGAUGCACCAUAUAUGGAAGGAAAGAAACCUAGGCGAGUCCCUCCGGUUUCUAGUGUUUCUAAUUUGCAUCAUUAUAAGAAUGAUUGUUUGUUUAGUGUUUUAGAUUUGCAAUUGCAAGAGCUUAAUGCUAGGUUUGAUGAAGAGAAUACCGAACUUUUACAAUGUGUUUCAUGUUUGAGUCCUGCAAAGUCAUUUUCUGCUUUUGAUGUGAACAAAUUAUUGAGGAUGGCUGAGCUUUAUCCAAAUGAUUUUGUAGAUGUGUCGGAAGUGGAGUUGCGCAGACAACUUCAUAAUUAUGUUAGAAAUGUUAAAUCUGAUCCAAAAUUUGCAAAGUUGAAAGGGCUUUCGGAUCUUUGUGCAAUACUUGUGGAAACAAAUAAGUGCAAGACAUUUGCUUUGGUUUUUAAGCUUUUGAAGUUGGCUUUGCUCUUGCCGGUUGCAACUGCAAGUGUUGAACGUGUUUUUUCAGCUAUGAAGAUUGUGAAGAGUCAUUUACGUAACAAAAUGGGUGAUCAAUGGUUAAAUGAUCGGCUUGUAACUUUUAUUGAAAGAGAUGUUCUUUUCACAAUUAGCACUGAUGUUAUUCUAGCUCAUUUUCAACAAAUGGAUGACAGACGAUUUUCAUUGUAA